CCACCCUUUCCAGUUAACUAGGUCGACCCCCUUUAAGCCUGGGUCUCAGCAUCGCUCCAGCGGAGAAGCGCCCACAGCGCAGGCUGGCUCUUUUCGGCCGCAGAAGUUCCGGGUCAGCCUCUCAGGCCGCUCAGCAGUUUCAUCUGCCUUCGCUCUUACUUCGCCGCCACCAGAGUAACAGCUACCACCGGUUUUCGUUUGUUCAGGAAAUCAACCUGCUCCCUCACUGUUACUUUUUUCCUGCACGUGGAUUCUAGAUCGGACGGGUAGUUGUCCAGCAGAUCCGGAACAGCGUGGGCGGAAAGGGUUGGUUCCAGCAUCUACUGUUGCUGCUGCUAUUAGUUCAAGCACCAUGCUGUUUACCUCAUUUUCAAAUGCUUCUACCUCCACUGCUGCUACUGGGCUCUCAUUUGGUGCCCCUACAACUUUGGCUGGAAUGCUUGAUGGUACAGCUUGGGGAUUUGGAUUAAAAUUCCCUGGAGCAGGAGGAGCAGCUGCUGUUGCAUCUACUUCUAGGACUAAGAAGGUUUUGAUCAUCUCACCAGCAUAUCCAAAAGCUACAACAUCAACCAUCACCACUACCACGGUCACCAGCACCAGCACCAGCACCAGCACCACCAGUAGCUUUACCAUGAAUCUAAAACCACUGACAUCAACUGGCAUGAAUAACACUGUUCCAUUCGGCAUGACUUCUAUACCUUUUACUUUGACCAUUAAUGAAAUCAUAACUCCUGUGAUGACGUAUGGUCAGCUGGAUGGUCUGGUAAACAAAUGGAGCCUUGAGUUAGAGGAUCAAGAGAAAUACUUUCUUCACCAGGUCACCCAGGUCAAUGUUUGGGACUAUACAUUGAUUGAGAAUGGUGAGAAGAUUAUUGCUUUACAUGGAGAAGUGCAAAAGGUGAAACUGGAUCAGAAAAGGCUGGAACAAGAAUUGUAUUUUAUCCUGUCACAGCAGAAAGAACUAGAAGAUCUCAUGACUCCUUUAGAGGAGACUGUAAAGGACCAGAGUGGGUCUGUUUAUCCACAGCAUACAGAUGAGGAGCUUGAGAGGACGUUAGCAGAAGAUGUAGAUGCUCAGCUGAAACGAAUGGCCCAAGAUCUCAAGGACAUUAUUGAGUACCUGAAUACAUUUGGAAGUCCUGCUGACACUACUGACCCGCUCCAGCAGAUUUGCAAAAUUCUGAAUGCGCAUAUGGACUUUCUACAAUGGAUUAAUCAAACUUCAGGCAUGCUGCAGAGGAAGGUAGAAGAGGUACAAGUUUUCGACCAUCAUCAUUACAAGGAAUAGGAAUGCAAUGUCAGGAUUCCUUUUGAUUGAAUGACCCUAUCUUCAGUAUGCUGUUUUUGGAUUAUACAUUACCUACAAAUUUUGAUGGUGUUUGUUAGAGUAAUAUUUACAGUUAAUAUUUAAUCUUUGGUGGCAAUAAAGGCUGCAGGUAUUUCCCCCCACUUAAAUAUUGUGCUGUUGGGAUUGAUACUGUAGUUUGGCUUUUAGUAUUAGCAAAUCAAAACUAUAUCAGCUCUUCUGUCUAGACAGCAGCCUAUUUGAUGUUGACUAUGUGUGUGCAAUUCAUGGCUUACUCUGCUAGAUUCCAUAUCUUACCACCAGCACACAUUGUCCUUUUCACUCGAACCAGAUCAUAAAGAAAUGUUUGCCAAAAAAUAGAUGCCAACCAGUCUUUACUGGGUGCCUGUUAACAUUCAACAUAUAGUGUUAGCUACUGUAAAGUCUAUCUCCUCAAAAGAACUUAGUGUCAUUUAUGUCAUAGAGUGUUCUGCCUAUGUUUUCCUCUAAGAGUUUGAUAGUGUCUGGCCUUACAUUUAGGUCUUUAACCCAUUUUGAGUUUAUUUUUGUGUAUGGUGUUAGGGAGUGUUCUAAUCUCAUACUUUUACAUCUACCUGUCCAGUUUUCCCACCACCACUUAUUGAAGAGGCUGUCUUUUCUCCACUGUAUAUUCUUGCCUCCUUUAUCAAAGAUAAGGUGACCAUGUGUGUGUGGGUUUAUCUCUGGGCUUUCUAUCCUGUUCCAUUGAUCUAUAUUUCUGUUUUUGUGCCAGUACCAUGCUGUCUUGAUUACUGUAGCUUUGUAGUAUAGUCUGAAGUCAGGGAGCCUGAUUCCUCCAGCUCCAUUUUUCGUUCUCAAGAUUGCUUUGGCUAUUCGGGGUCUUUUGUGUUUCCAUACAAAUUAUGAAAGUUUUUGUUCUAGUUCCAUGAAAAAUGCCAGUG